AUGCAGCGAGGGCUUCUCCGACUAUCACGCGCGGCGCUAAAUAAUCACCAACAUGUACCCACUGCUAUUCGUACGAUUUCUUCGACGCCACCCAACUCUGGACCGGGCCGACGUCGUCCGUCGCGCACCCAAGUGAUCGACGACAUAGGCGCGCUAGUGCAUGAAGCUAAGCGCCAAGGCCCGCGCUUCCAGCCCAGCAUGGACUAUCUGCGUCGCGCCAGUGCUGUACUGCAGCUCUGCAAGGGUCGGGAGCAAUGUACAGCCGCUAUUCCACUGUGCCAUAUCGUAGAGAAGGCUCAGAACACGCACAGCAAGGCUGAGAUGGAAUGUGUCCGGAUCUACCAAAAGGCGGGCCGAAACCAGGAGGUUGUGGCUUUAGCUGAGAAGCUCAUGAGUCAGGACGUGUUUUUACUGAACCCGGCGCUCGCCAGCGCCAUCCAGGCUUGCGCAGCCGUGGGAGACAUGGACAAGGGGUUCCAUUUCUUUGACGUAGCCGUGAAGCGCGGCUCCAUCCCGAACUUAAGUGUGUACUCGGCGUUGCUCGCAGUUGCAGGAGCGACUGGGGACCCCAAGCGUGUGCAGACUGUACUGACCCAGAUGCAAGAUGCGGGAGUUGAGAUGAACGAUAUUACGUUCCACAAUCUGAUGAGCGCUUAUGCUCGUGGAGGACACGUGACGGAAGCGCUGGCGCUGUUCGACAAGAUGCAGAAGCAGGGAAUUCCCGCCGAUGAACACACGUACGCUAUCUUGAUGGAUGCCCAUGCAGAGAGUGGAGACUUUGAAGGUGCCAAUGCUCUAAUGGAAGAAUUGAAGAAGGCAUCAAUCGGGCCGAACCUGGUGCACUACAACGUGUUGCUCAAGGCUUGUGGGAAGGUGAGAAACUUGACCUCCGCUUUCCAGCUCUAUGAAGAGAUGAAGGAGCGUAAGAUCCAACCAGAUCUGGUGACGUUUAUUACCAUGAUGCACGCGGUGUAUCAUGGCGAGCUCGGAGCAGUUGACCAGAAGAAAGUGAAGGCAGCCCUCGUGGGAAUGGGUGUGAUGGGCGCUGCGUUUAUCCCGUUCAUCAACUAUGAAGAGUACAUGAUGACCACGCUCUUCUGUGGUAGUCUCGUGGGUUCCAUGGGUCUGGCUGCGUACAUGAACCCGGACGGCGUUAUCCGUGCCCUUUAUCCCAAUACUGACGAGCCCCGUGACGACACCAUCAUUGAGGCUUUCUUCAGGCGACUACGCGAAGAAGAUCACAGCGGCAGAUCCAUGUAUCUGUGGCGUGAAAUGCUCAAGUUUAAUGUGCCUGCGGACCCGCGCGUGUAUGACGUACUGGUGCGCACGUGUGUGCGUAAGCGUCACCCUGAGUUGGCAUACGAAGCGGUGUUCGAGGAGAAGCUGCCUCUUACUGACAAGGAAGGCUCGUUCGUGCUCAAUCUCCCCACAACGCUGAGUCUGUUGCAUUCGCUAUUGGCCCAGAAGCGUUUUAACAUGGCGGAUACUCUCUACGACGCUGCUCGAGGCCACGGUGUGUUUGACAAGGUAUUCUCCGAGAAGGGGGACGUGUAUGUGUACGAUAUGCGUUCGUUCCUGAACGAGCAGGUGCGCAGCUACGCCAUCAUCAAGUUAUUGGAUGAGCUGCGCACAAAGGUGGACUCGUCGAAGGGGCAGUUUGUUGCACCGAACGUGCAGUUUCUGGUUCAACACGGGUAUGAGCUGCUUGAUCGUCUUGAUGCUGACAACACCAGUCUACGCACGUUGUUCUCGAUGGAUGACAUGGCACGGAUCGGAGCUUCAGGAGAUAACUCUACGUCUGCAAACUACAUGUACUACUUCCGACUGGCUAUCCCCACGGAGCGACUGCAGAAGUACUUCGAGACCACACCAGCAAACGCAGGCAAAGAGCGACGACUUUAG